AAAAAAAAAACUCACACACAAAUACAGACAUAAACGUGAACUCCUCGAACACUAUGGAACUGAUAACUACCAAAAUAGUGGUGGCCAUACUAUUCGGCCUGGGACGGUUCUUUUUCGGCACGUUUCCCGUCAAGCUUUACCACUUCUUGAAGCGCUGGGAGGAAGAGGACGACUCGCCGAACUUCGUCAACGAGAAGAGGCAUCAUCAAGUUAAUUGUGCUCUGGCCCUAUGUCAGUCUUUCGGCGGCGGCGUCCUCUUCGCCACCUGUUUCCUGCACAUGAUGGUCGAAGUGUUCAAGUCCGUGGAGGAGAUCAAGAGACUCGAGGGCAUCAACACCGAGUAUCCGUUGAGCCAAGUGGUCGUGUGCACCGGCUUCUUCAUCAUCUACUUCCUGGAGGAAGUGUGCCACUGGUACAUAGCCAAGUUGCCGGCGGAACCUUGCGUCAAGAAGCCCAAGAACCACAACCUGGGCAACAGGACCAUAACGCCCCUGAUGACCAGCAAAAUAUCGCCCAGCAAACAGAAGGAGAACGUCUUCAUCAUAGACAACGAAAAGCCGGUGCGGGAGAACGAAGUCAACGAACCGAACGUCGAGACGUUCAGCAUCACCUCCAGCGUGGCCGAAGAGAAUCAGAAGAACAAGGAGCUAUGUCAGGAGGUGGCCAUUCCCGAGGUGGAAAGUGAACCGGAGGAAUGCGAGAAAAAGAACAAGUGUGACCUGGCCUGUGAAUUCGAGAAGAUCUUUCAGAGUGACGCGAAAACCCAGCAGCAGAUCAUGAGAUGCAUCCUAAUCGUAAUGGCUCUGUCGUUUCACGCUAUUUUCGAAGGUCUGGCCAUCGGUUUGCAAAACGAGGCGGCCACCAUCUGGUAUCUUUUCACCGCAGUCACCAUUCACUCGGCCACCAUUUUAUUUUGCAUGGGUUUAGAGUUACUCAUUGCGAAGACCAAGACGAAAAUAAUAGUGAUACAAAUGCUCAUUUUGGCUGCCACAAGUCCAUUUGGUGUUAUCUUGGGUCUUCUCAUUACAUUGAGUUCAGACAUGAAUAGUUCCAAGGCAAAGUCUGCCACUGUCGUGAUCUUAGAAGGUUUGUCGACUGGAACUAUACUUUAUAUUACUUUUUUCGAGAUAUUAAAUAGGGAGAAAGCUAGAAGGGUGUUCAGACUAUACAGAGGACUUUGCAUUUUAGGAGGAUUCAUAUUUAUGGCUUUGCUACAAUAUUACGAGCUCUCAGAAAUUAAAGAUAGUAAUUAGUUAAAUAAAAAAAUUGUUGAUGGAUUGAUGGACUGUGACCUGAGUACUUCAUAGUUCGCUAAAUACAAAAAAAUAGUACUGGCAAUAAUAGUGCGUACUAAUUAAUAUAAUAAAUUAAUAGACGUAUUAAUGUGUAGUAACAUUUUAAUUUAACAGUUACGAAACAGAAUGUGAUUAUUGAAAAUUUGUGACAUUUGAUAUAAUGAGUUAAUUAAAAAAAAAAAGAAUUUAUUCAUAUACAGUAUUUUUGUAAAUAUUAUUGUUCUCAAAUAUUAUGUGAGUUAUAAUAAAUAAAAAAAGUUUUUUUU